CGCCGAGCUACGACGCCCCUCGUCGCGGCCGCACCCCCGAGCGACAACUGACCGAAGAGCAGCGCGAGAUGCGCAGCGUCUUUGUCUCGCAGCUCGCCGCGCGCGUCACGGACCGCGAGCUCGGCAUCUUCUUCGAGCACCACGCCGGUACGGUGCGCGACGCGAGGGUCAUUGUCGACCGCAUCUCGCGCAGGUCAAAGGGAGUCGGCUACGUCGAGUUUGUCGAGCUCGAGACGGUGCAGAAGGCGCUCACGCUCUCGGGGACCAAGCUCCUCGGGAUCCCGAUCCAGGUCCAGUACACCGAGGCCGAGAAGAACCGCCAGGCGCGCGACGGGCCCGGCGGUGCGGGCGGCGGUGGUGGUGGUGGGGGCAGUGCGCCGAUGACGGGAGGGCUGUACGUCGGCUCGCUCAACUUUGCCCUGACGUCGGACGACAUCCGCGAGGUGUUCCAGCCCUUUGGCGAGCUCGAGACGGUCGAGCUGCACCGUGACCCGGCGACGGGCAAGAGCAAGGGUUACUGCUUUGUCAAGUUCAAGGAGCACAAGGACGCCAUGGUCGCGAUCGAGAAGAUGAACAACUUCCCGCUCGCAGGUCGCGAGAUCAAGGUCGGACUCGUCGCUGACCGCAGUGCCACGUUCAGCCAGCACGUCGGAGGAGGAGGAGGAGGAGCAGGGCAGCAGGAGGCGCAGCUCGAGCGCGAGGAGGGCCACACCGGCAAGCUCGACGCCAACACGCGCAUGGAGCUCAUGCAGAAGCUGUCGCGCGCAGACCGCCCGCCUGACUUGCCCCCGACCCCGAUGUUCCGCCCUAACAUCCCGCAGAACAUUACGCGCAACGUCCUGAUGAAGAACGCGUUCAACCCCGAGGAAGAGACUGAACGCGACUGGGAUCUCGAGCUCGCAGAGGACGUCAAGAGCGAGUGCGAGGCCAAGUACGGCGCCGUCGUCGACAUUUACGUCGUCAAGGAGUCGCAGGAGGGCGAGAUCUACAUCCGCUUCGCGUCGCCCGCCGUCGCCGUCGUCGCGCUCCAAGGGCUCAACGGGCGCUGGUUCGGCGGUAAGCAGAUCACGGCCACCCACGUCGGCGACUCGCUGUUUGACGCCAAGAAGUGAGCCCCGGCCGCUCGUCUUUCCGCUCUCUCAUCGUCGUCGUUCUCGGUAGUUGCUCUCUCGCAGGUUGCAAAGUCACUCGUUCUCCUCUU